CGAGGCCCAGACUAAUCUCCAAGGGGAAGUGCAGCCCACGGAUGGACCCUCUCUCCGGAUUUUCAAAUGGGUCAUAAAGCAUAGGUCUAUAUCCGCGUGGUCCGGCGUAGGGGUAAAUCUGAGAGGGAGGUUCCAACUCACCAGUGAGAUGUCUUUUCGCAGUUAGUCCUGACAUGUGUUUUCACAGUUAGCCCUCUAACCGGCUUUUUUCAAAAACCAUUUUUUCAUUUCCUCUAAAUUAAACCUCUAUACCGGUAUUUUUCCUUAUUAAUUACCUCUUACCGGUAUAUUUUGUCUUUGUAGGAAACCAGCCAGAUGUGUUUCUAUAAUUAAACCUCUAACCGGGCAAUAGAUAAGAUUAUAUGAACAAAUGGUUUUAAGAAAUAGUAAACAUAUGUGGCCUGUGUUUUAAAAGGGGGAUUCGGCUGUACAGCAAACCCUACUCUAAGCUUUAGCUCACGAGUCAUUAUUGUUACUAGCCGAUGAAUGGAUGUGAUCGUCUUCCAUUCUUACCCAUACUACUACAUGAAUAUUAUUUUCUGUAUUUAAAAUUUCUAGCUCAUUCCAGUUGAAGUAGAAAACUUAGCUUUCACGUUCGUAUUUAAAAUGGAGAAAACAUUUAAAUAAAAAAUUAUAUUUGGGACUAUUUGGCUCUUUUCAUUGGAAAUGAAAAUAGAGCAAUUUAACACCACAAUAACCCAUACACAUCUUUGAAAAAAAAAACCAUAUAUACACAUAAUCUUUACAACAUACAUACUUAUCUUGAUUAAAACCGUCAGUGGUUUUAUCUGAAACUAGCUACUAUUGAUUAUCACCUCUAAAUAUUUUAUACAAGUACGUAGCAAUUGGUCAUACAUAUUCUAUAAUUGUAAAAUUAAAACCACUAAAAAUUGGUCAUACAUAUUCUAUAAUUGGUCAUACAUGAAUAUUAUUUUCUGUAUUUAAAAUUUCUAGCUCAUUCCAGUUGAAGUAGAAAACUUAGCUUUCACGUUCGUAUUUAAAAUGGAGAAAACAUUUAAAUAAAAAAUUAUAUUUGGGACUAUUUGGCUCUUUUCAUUGGAAAUGAAAAUAGAGCAAUUUAACACCACAAUAACCCAUACACAUCUUUGAAAAAAAAAACCAUAUAUACACAUAAUCUUUACAACAUACAUACUUAUCUUGAUUAAAACCGUCAGUGGUUUUAUCUGAAACUAGCUACUAUUGAUUAUCACCUCUAAAUAUUUUAUACAAGUACGUAGCAAUUGGUCAUACAUAUUCUAUAAUUGUAAAAUUAAAACCACUAAAAAUUACGGAGAUGUAUUCAAUUUAACAUUUGAUCUGAUUUGAUUUUUAAUAGGGUUUUAGAUGAUUUCAAUAGACCGCAGAGAUUUAAGUGAUUUUUGUUAAACUACUCUAGAAUAUCACUUAAAACUAUGGGAUUUGGGUUUUAAUUUUUUUAACUAAAAAAUUCUACCCAAACACCCUAUAAUCACCUGAAAACUUUAAAACUCCACAACUUAAAAUAUUUUCAAUAACAGUGGAUUUCAAAGUACUUUAAUAAAUGUCAAAUUCAAUAACAUUGGAUUUUAAAUGAGUUUUUAAAAUUCAUGUUUCAAUAACAGUGUAUUUGUUAUUUUAAUACAAAUCAUCUGAAAUUCUCGGUUGAAUAUGUACCCCGUUUUCAGUCAUAACUUGGAUUGACAUUAGAACCGAAGCAAGCGCUUUUGAUGAUAAUAGUUAAGCGAUUUAAAAGUUUAUAUUUUUGUGGAAGUCCCUUUUAGUCUCGAGGCUGACAAAUCAUUUAGUUUUUUUUUUAAUUAAAUCGAAGUAUCUCCAAUCUAUUGAAGACUCUAGAAAAAAAAGUGCAAUCCAAAUAUAAAAUUUGUUUAUGGCAUUCAAAUAUGGACCGAAGACAAGAAUUUAUAUUCAUGUUGACAGUGGGUGAGGAACAAAUUUAGUUUAUUUCUUACAUAGUUAUAUAUAGUUUAGAUGGGAACAAAUUUUCAGAAAUGUGAAUUAUUAUACAUAAGCGAAAGCAAAUUUGUUGAAAAAUCUAGCGUAGUGGAUAUAGACUAUAAACAAAUAUACUGUUAAGAAUGUGGUGGAUAGAUAUAUCAAAAUUUCAUAGUAUUAUUUUAUUUUUCUCAUAAAUGUGUUUUUUAGAUGUAUCUUUUCGAUACUUUAUAAAUAUAUUAUAAAAAUUUGUUCAAAUAAAAAGAAAUUUACAAAUCGAUAUUCUCAUCUUCUAUUGCAAAUUGUUGACAAUCUCGUGUAUUUUAAAUUGUUCAUACAUAAUAUCAGGUCACGAGUGAGAUUUGACUUCUCAAUUCUUAUUGCUAGAUUUGAUCACGCCUUUUGAUCAAAUCUUCCGUAUCGACGGACCAAUUAAUACAAACCCAAUUUCACAAGAUAAAGUCUCACAAAUACCAUUAGUAUCCCCUUGAUGAUUUGUGUAUUUGAUUUUAUUUUGCUGGGAAAAUCCCUUUACUUUUUAUAAAAGCUCAUUUAUUUGCCUCGAAGUCUUGAAGAAUUGUGAAAAAAAAACAAUCAUGAGAAAUUGAGCAUAUACAUUCUAAAAGAAAAUUCAGGAAAUUUGUAACAUUUGAAAUACCCAAAAACAUGAUACUUUACGGUUUAUAUUAACAAUUAGUUUAGUCAUCGGUCCAUACUUUUUUGUAAAAACAAAAAGCUUAUUCAAAAAUCAAAACCAAGAAGUAGAACAUCAAACAAUUUUCUCAAAACAAAAAAAAAAGUAGAACAUCAAACAAGUAUAGGGCCCAUUCCAAAACAUGAAUUGUGUCUAGGAAAAACGGGAUUUUCGUUAACUUUUUCGUUACAUAAUUAUUUUUUUUGUCAUUGAUCCCUAAUAUAUAAAUCUAGAAUGGCUGUUCGUACUUAAUAGUUAAUAUGUACCGGAAAAAUAAUCGUAUUUACUAUUUAGGGGCGAGAGCAUGGCCUUUUAUAUAUUUAGAAUUUCUUGUUGACUAAAUCACUAUUUUGUCUUCAUUUGUAAAUGUAAUUACUCAAUUUUGGUUUAAUAAAAAAUCAAGGGAGCUCCUAACUUUGAUGACUCGGGAUCCUCAUGAUUAAACUAGUUGCCUAAUGUCUCUUUUGUCUUUUUUUUCUUUACUUCAUUUUUCGUUUUUUUUCUUCCUUCGAUUAACAUUAUUUUUGUUCUUAUAAUUUUUGAUAAUUUGACGAGAUUAGUAGAUAGCAUUGGCUUAUUUUUGUGGUGGGUGACAUUUAUGUUAAGAGACUGGCAAAUAUUGUCGCGGGUCUGAUGAAGUUCUAAUUUUGUUCUUCUAUAGUUCGUAUAUAGCUAGAAUAUUAAAUACUUAAAUGUCGUCCUAAAACAUUAUAAACACUAGAUGUCUGUAGAAUGUCAACAUUUGUAUAGCAAAUAUAUGUCUAUUAUCUGCUAAGUUUGAUAUAGAUGUUUUCAAACGUCGACAAAAGAAAGAAUGUUUUCAAAUUAUAUAUUUCGAUUAUAUCUCUGACUAUAUUAAAUAAAUCUAUCAACAAUGGGUAAUGCUAUAUGUAGUCAUGCUUAACAGCUUAAGCCAAUGAGGUUAUACAACAUGUUCAAAUGAUUAACAUUGUCAUCCAACAUAGUUGCAAAAAAAUAAACAUUUUCAUCCAACAUUCUUUUUACUUUAUAAAACACCACAUAAAUCAUCGUAUUCUUAGGAAAAACAUAUAUAUCUUUUUAAAAACAUAUAUAUCAAUUGUUUAUAAUUUAUAAAAGAUGUGUCUAGUUUCGGGAGAGUCAAGCUUCAAUCCACCAGGAAAACAUCAAAAUAAUACAUCAUUUUGAGGUAAAAAUGAGGAUAUGAAUAAUGUUACAUUCUAUUUGAGAAAAUACUAUUUACAAAACUCAUUUUAAUGUUAAGAUUUUUUAUUUGUGUAACAAUCUCUAAAAUUUUACAAAACUUCAUCGUAUGCAUAAAAACAAUCAUAUACAAAUAUUAAUAAAUGUUUUUUGUUUAAUUUGUGAAUAAUAAUUAAAAUUUUAAUGUAAUUAUAAACAACAAGUUAAUUAAAUACUUAAAUAUAAAAUUUAUAAUUUAAUAAUGAUAUAUAUAAAAUAAAAAACAGAAAAUAAAAAAUAACAUUAAUAAUACAUAACUAUUACAAAAAUACAAACAAAUUUAACACAACAUAGAAUAAUUCUUGUCAAAAAUAGUAUUGUUUAAAUAGAACUCUAUUAUUGUUUAGUAUGGGGUUAUGUAAUUUUAAUGGUGUAAGAAAUACUUUAUUCAAACAAAAUUAAAGUUUAGUUGAAAUUUUAAAAUAAAUUAUUAUAAUUUUAAAUCUUAUCGAAUAAAAUGUAUCAUUAAAAUGAACAAGAAGUUGAAAAAUGAAUAUAUUAAAAACCAAUGGAAGAAAUGAAGAAAACCAUUUCAGUGAAACUCAAACUCAAAAUAAGUUUGCAGUUUACAAAAAAAAAACUCAAAAUACGUUUACUUCAUUUUGAGAAAAUAAAUGAAAAAAAAAACAAUUAGAGAUGGUCUAAGUUAACCCAAAGCUGAAUCAACGUCAAUCUAGCCGUAAAUUCUAGUAGUAAUACUUGUCAUCAAAUUGUGUGCACUGGAAUGAUUAUAAGAGGUGAUCCGAGAUUUUUUUCCCAGUCGAGGUGAUCUAAGAUGUUAAUGUUAUUAGUAUGUUUCGAUAAAAUGUAAUUACGAUUUUUCACCUCCCCCAAGUCCAGCAGAGAGUGAAGAAUGAGCAAAGGUAAUCUUAUUAUAGGAAAGAUUCAAGAAUAAGGAUCACCUCCGGUUAUUAUUAUGCUGAUGUCUAUCACAGUAUCACUCUCGAGCCUUGUGCUCACCUUUCUUUUCGCGGCAUCUCUCCCUCUCUCUCCAUCUCUUUAUAUAUAUGCUACUCAAUCAUUCUUCUCACUAACAGUAUUUUCCGACAAUCUUCUCAAUGAUUAUAUCUAUUAUCUAUACGUCGUGUUAGAAAAAAGCUAUAUCUUUUAAGACGAGACUCAUUUAAGCAGCUAGUGUAAAGUAAGGAUUUAGAUGUGAAUCCGAUCUUUAUAAAAUGUUAGGAGUAUUAAGUAAAAAGAAGAUUUAUGUUCGCUUUUAAUGUGAGUGUAAGUUCAUUUUCCCUGCUACAUAUUUCAUUAUGAACAAUUCUGAGACUUAACAAACAAAUUUUAUUUGUAAUCUAUAACAAAUGAGAAAAAUUCUAAGAAAUUACAAAAUACGAAAACUCUAGGAACACCGAUUACAUGAUUUAAAUAUUCAUUGCCAGACCCAAUAAUAAGACCUUACAAAAUUAGCAAAACCUUGACAAUUCAGUAUCUAUUUAAAACGAAUCAGCUAUGAUAUAAAUUAACACGUUUACUUUGGUUAACUAUCAACUGUUUUGGUUUUCGAGAACUUAGAAUACCAUCUACAAUGUUUGUAUACAUUAAUUAACAAAUAUAGUUCAAGCCAAAAUCUAAGCUAAUUACCAAAACAUAUGAUAUUUUGAGUAUUUUGUUAUUUAUGCAUCCAUUAGUAUCAAACAUAAUUGAAACUAUAUGAAAUAGACUCGACCCUAGCUUACUAGGUCCUCAACGUUAGAAAACCGUUCACUCGCUUAAGUAUUACAUAGUCUUGUGGUUUCAUGAACUGGUGAUAUACUGGCUUAAAACAUUAAUUUGUCUGCUCUUUCCUUGAUAAGGCUUGCUUUUAACUCGCAUAUACAACGUACUCAUUAUAAAAAUAACCAAGUUACGUUUUCAAAACUGUUUAGUUAACUAAGUGCUUUUCAGCUAGUAUUUUUUUUAAACCUAUAAAAGUUUUUUCUCUCUCUCUUCAUCUUCUAUAUGCUAUAAUGCUAAUACAUAGCCAUUAUUUUUUUUAUUUUUUUUUGAUAACAUACAUAGCCAUUAUAAUGUCUGUGUAAAACAUCAGUAAAUAUGAAUCGCGUUACUCUCACAAGUAUACAGUCAUGACUCAUGUAAGUAGAUUUGAACGAAUGGAUGCAUUUUCUUGUAAAAUAACAUUUUCUCCGUUACGCCUUUGUGACCAUAUCAUUUUUUUGCUUAAAGCUAAGUUAUAAUUAUGCUCUUUCCGCUAAAAACGGGUUUUGUCUUGUUGGAAAUAAAGGAAUGAAGUGACUCAAAGCGUCUUCCUAAAGCUAAGAUAUUCGAUUUACUGCGUUAAGAAUAACUUUAUUCCAUUACAAAACGCGAACAAUACUUUGAAAACAAAAGCGAGGGAGAAAAAAAACUAAUGUUUGAUUUUGAAGAUGUCCCUAGUGUUGAUAUUCUUGUGCAGUCACCUACUUUAUACGAAUUUACUACCGUACGUAUAUAUAACAACAAAAAACGAAAAAAAUAUACAAGGUGAUCUGAUGAUUGUAACUGUAGUUCAUGAAUACAUGGCAAGUUAAGUAUAAUAAGCAAGUCUAAUUCUGUAACCCUACGCGACGAACACUGCAUGCCAAUAGUAGAAACAGUACGUACGAUCACGAGAUCAAACUUCUACGUACUUUACUUUCUUAGGAUCCCUCCACUUGUAGGCACUAGCGCCAUGCCACGGGUCCCCCUGCAUUAGCUUUAUGGGCCUCAUAAAAGCCCGUGGGACCGUCUCUCCAUCCAUGCACAUGCUUCACAUUAAGCUCUAGCAUGUUGUGUGUAUAUAAAAAUACUAGUCUUAAUACGCAUAUUUAAGUACAUAUAAGCGUAUAAUCUAAUAGCCCUAUAUAUGCCUUUUAAGGAGAAGAGACCGACCGAAGAAAAGACAGCGUUGUGGUCUCCACGAAGGUUACAAAGACUCAUUGUCAUUUGUCACGUGACCACCACUAUUCUUCAGAGUCUUAUAAUAUGUGUGUUAUAUAGCUUAUAUGUAUAAACAUUUAUUUAUAGAAUUUAGAUAGUUUUGUAUUUGCUUGUGGACCAUUCAAGAAUCUUUAGCACUAUACUCUAGUUUCAGGUUAAAUAAGCGAGGGCCUAUAAGAUCUAUAGAAUUUAAUAUUAAGCAUUCAGCAUCAAUAUGCUUUGGCCCAAGACUGUGGACGUUAGUGGGUUUUGCUUUGGGCAUUACAACCGAAGUGUACUUUACCAUGACUUCUAAGCUGAUGGGCUUAACUUUAUAGCCCAUUGCACACAUCUGGAACUUUUUGUGUUGAGAAAUAGUAUUAUUUUUUGCGUUAAGGGUAAUAUUUUUUUAGUGCAUCAUCGUUUUGUCGUUUUCAAAAGUUGUAUGGAAUCCAGUGGUGGCUUGAAACUCUAAUGGAAGAAGUAUGAGCAUCAAUGCUUCUUUGGAGUUUACAUCCUAAUCGUUCCAUUCGAUUAGACUUCCAUAUAUAAACCGCCUAACGUAACGCAUAUUUAACAUUAUUAUUUCUUUUAAAUUAAUUAAGUUAAUCAUCAAACUGCUAAUGUGGGUUUGCUUAAUUUUUAUUUAAAUAUUUUAUGGACACUGAUUAGUAAUUGGUAGUUAAUAAAAAAUAAUAUAUAUAUAUAAAAGAAUCAAAACUAUUUUUCACAAGAAAAUAACAUAAAAUUAAUCAGGAAAAGGAUAUAUAUCGAGAUUUUUUAAAAAUUGGGUUAAAUUAAAUUAAUCGGAAAACCAGAAGACUAAGGAGUUAUUUCUUUUUAUUUGGCUAAUUAAAAACGUUAAUUAUAGAAAAUUAAGAUUCGGUGGCUGAUUUAGAAAAUAUUUCCUUUCUCAAUAUCUCGUCGACUCAAUAGAAGCUUCGAUCGUUUCCCUGAAGAAAAAGAUUUAUCGUUUGCGUCUCCGAUGGCGUCUCACUGGAUCCCUGAAGAUGACUUUCGUCUCAGAAAAUCCAUCGAGAAUGGUGCUUCUCUAGAGUCACUAGCUAAAGGAGCAGUCAAGUUCUCUAGGAGAUUCACACUUUCUGAACUAAGAGAUCGAUGGCAUUCUCUUCUGUACAACUCUCAUGUCACAUCUCUAUCUUCAUCAGUCGCAUUCGAUCACACGUACUCGGAUCAGUUUCUUCCACAAACUCAUCAUAACCAACACAGAACACCAGUCAGGUCGCAGUAUUACACGGCGUGUAAGAGGAGGCGUUUGGAGGAGAUGUAUCCUCUUAGUAACGUUGAUAACAGUGUCAUUAACGAAGAUCUUGAUCACGCUGCGUUUGGAGGAAACGCGUUUGAAGGCUCAGAGUAUUUGGACUUGGAGUUUGAUGCGGUUGAUUUGGCAAUCAUUCAUAACUCUUUCCCAGGUAUCAUGCCUCGAGAAGCUGAUGGUGAUGGAAUGGUGAAUCAGUUAUUCAAUGAUUGUGAUGUUUCGGACACAACAAUAACAGCAAAUGCAUUAGAACAGCUUUUGCUUCAAUCCUUCAACGAGACAACAUCAGUGUCACAUGACCAAGCAGAGACUUGGAUUGAUCCAAAGUAUUUGCCAAGCCAACCUGAGGAGUAUUGUCAUAGUGCUAUGUCAUUGCCUGAUUGGGACCCGCAUCCAGAAGUCAUUAACGGUGUUAUCAUAUGCACUUUAAACAAAGAGUCCGAUGAGAUUCCAGAUAACGAUGAUAUUGACUUUACUAUGUACACACAGAAAGCUCGAAACCUGCCAUCAUCACUGAGGAAGCUUAUGAGACCACCUCCGUAUACAAACAGAGGACCAUCAUCAUCGUCAUCACAAGCCAGAGGUAAUAAUGACAUGUUCCACAGUUCUGGUAGUGGAGAUAGUGUUGUUACAGAACAAGGAAGUUGUUCUAAUGCAUUCAAGGCUAGCUAUACCGAGAAAGCUACUUCUAGUUUUACUACAACUACUUCAACAUCACAACAACAUUAUGAACAUACUUUGAGUUCGGUGAUGGAUAUAACUACUCCAAUGUUACAAGAAGAGGAAGACAACGAUGAAAUUGAGAGUGAUGAAGAUUUGCCUUCAUAUUCAGAUGUUGAAACUAUGAUUCUUGGCAUGGACCUUGAACCGGUUGGUCAAGACCUGUACGAGCUGGAAGCGUCAAGAUAUCGAACUGAGGAAGUGGCGCGAAUGAUAAUGAGAUUAGAGCAGAGUUCUAAGUCUUACAUGAACCGUAACAUCACUUCUCAUGAAGCUUUUGCUAUGCUAUACGGAAGCUCUAAGCAUUACAUUAAUAAACCGGAGGUGUUACUUGGACGAGCGACUGGUGAAUAUCUAGUGGAUAUCGACUUAGCAAAGUCAGGAUCUUGGAAAAAAAUCUCUAGACGACAGGCUCUAAUCAAGUUGAAGAAAGAUGGGUGUUUUGUAAUCAAGAAUCUUGGGAAGUUUUCUAUAUGGAUAAACGAGAAAGAAGUUCAACAUGGAGAGAUUGUUAAUCUCAGUAACAAUAGCUUAAUCCAGGUGAUUAUUUUUUGUUACUUGUGUUUCAAUAUUAGGUUAAAAAGAACCGAAGCUGAUCAAUCUCUUUACGUGUUUGCAGAUACGAGAAAUGUCGUUCAUAUUCGAGACGAACGAGAAAGCAGUCAAAAGAUAUCUAGAUGAAAUUCACAAAUGAAAUUAUAUAUGUAUAUAGCUAUUACUCGUAUUAGUAAAGACUUUUUUUUUUUGAAAAAAAAUAUAGUGGAGAGACUUUAUGUUAAAAUACUUGUACGAUCAUCAAAACGUAACACUUGACAUUGAUCCAAUCAAAAGUUGGAUGAUUUAAAAAGCUGGGGUCUUUUCGUUUAUUUUUUCGAAAAGUCAUCGUAAGAUGAAAGAAAAGGUGAGAAGAACAAAAAUCGAAUCAAUUCGAUGAAGGAUCUAUGUGUGUAUUGAUGCAAAUAAUGGGCAGUGUAGUAUAUAAAAUAAUGUGGGCGUAUUCGUAUACUUUAUAUAUAUAUAUAAAUAAUAAUGUGGGGCGUAUUCGUAUACUUUAAAUUAAUGAAAACUCCCAAAGUGGACCAAUAAAAUCAUUAAAUUCGCUUAAUAGAAAAUCAUGAAUCGCUGUUAAGAUUCGAUGGGUUUCGAUAUUGGCCUACCCACCUUCUGUCCAUACAGAUCCAACUAAUUCCUUUAUUUUAUUCUAAAUUUUAUAAAUACUUUACCAAUGGUGUCAUGAAUAUAGUUUUUUUUUUCGCUUAAAAGUCAUGAACAUAGUUUUUUUUUUUUGUAACUGAAGUCAUGAACAUAGUUACAUAAAUAAAAGAUGAUCACUAUGAAUGAUUUUGAUGACAUAGCAAUGAAACUUUUUUUUGAACAACACAAAGCAAUGAAACUUAAUUUCGAUCUUUCUUUAGUCGAAAACACUAAAAAGAAACGUGUAGAUUAAUCUGAAUCAGAAAAUGAAGUGAAAGAAGAUGAGGUGGUGACCGUCGACAAAGAAAAAAAAGAAGAAGAUGAGGUGGUGACCGAGUCGAAAUCAAAGUGUAGAGUUUCGAACAACGUACGAGAGACACGACGGCCCAGCUAGCCACGUGCGGUCGCUCUUCUUUCCCACCCCUUCGUCCACCUUCAUUUGGGACUAACAUCAAAGUUUACGUUUUGAAAUUCAACGUCUUAAAAAAAUGUCAAUAAUGAAUAAUUGACAUCAUGAACUACCUAAUUUCAGCAAGUUCUUAUGAUUUAUUAACAUCAUCUAGGCUGGGGGUGGGCGUUCGGAUACCCAUUCGGG